AUGAAGAUUUUCCCUCGGUAUGUAGCUGAUCCAGGAUUGCAGUCUGGAAUAGCAGAAGAAAUGGGAAUUCAUCAAACUACAGUGAGUAAAACACUGAGUAGUGUUUCUAAAAAGAUAAUGGAAAAAGCUGAUUUGUGGAUCAAGGUUCCGUCAUCAACACAUGAUAUUACUGUGGCUAAAAAUGAGUGGCUACAAAAAUUUAAAUUUCCAAGUGCUAUUGGUGUAAUUGGCUGUACACAUGUGCGAAUUCCAAAACCUGUGCAAUUUGGCGACGAGUAUAUCAACAGAAAGGGUUUUGUUAGUAUAAAUGUGCAGGCUACAUGCAAUGUGAAUGAACAGUUUACUAGAGUCGAGGCUAGCUGGCCCGGGUCAGUACAUGACAAUGGAAUAUGGAGAAAUUCAAGUGUCUGGAAAGUGCUGAGUGAAUGUAAGAACACUGUUCUUUUGGGUGAUUAA